UGGGGUCACGCUCGAGGGUGGAUCCACAACACGUACGACUGGCGGAGGAGAAAGCAAACCCUUAACGAGAAAUGCUCAUUCCAGGAGGACACGCUCUGUAAAUGCAACAGAGGAAGAUGUUUAUCCAACCAAUCAGAUGCACAGAGCCUUUAUUCCACCCAAUCGGAAAACAAGAAAGUUGGUUUCUCGGCUUCCAGAUGACAAACACAAGACAGUGCUACGUCAGAUGGUCGAUUCGCCAAAGAAAGAAACACACAAACGUAAGAAUAAAGAUACGUGGGCUAAAUACGUUCACGGUAAAGUAAAAUACAUCAGUAGGAGACAGAUUAAAAUUUUGAGGAAGAAGUGGCUUAAGGUGAAGAAUGUGACAGAACACAGACGACAGAAGAGAGCUUUUAGAGGUCCAUUUGACCAGGUGGCCUUCGACUCUAUGAAGCGGAUCUUCCGGCAAAAGACAAGCGUUACACCGCAGAACUGUCACACCAAACCAAAGACCUUGUUGUACUUGCCGGGAGACGUGGGUUACGGGUUCGACAACCAGUUUGAAGCAGAAGGAAGAACAGCUUUACGACUGGCUCACUUUGUGAGUAACUUUCUUCAGAACACGUCGCCAAACGAUAACUUUGGGAUUCUGCUGGGAGGUGGGCGUCUGCACAUGGAACAUCUGUUUGGAGAAGUGCUUGCUAACGUCAUGGCCAACCACAAGAUCCUCUCCAGCGGCAUAUUCUGGGACACACAUCAGUUUGUAAACCAAGAUGACUCUACCAGAGAAUUCUUUGGUCCUUUGGCGUACAAGAAGCAAGGCAGCUUCUACGUCAUCGACUCUGCAGGACUACCACUGCGCUACGCAGAUGAAGACUGGUACAGCAUAUCAAAAUCCAGAUGGUCCACCAACGUGAAUACUCUAGAAACGUACAAGAUGAGACCCAUGGUCAGGUCCAAUCCAGAGGGAGCCAGUUCCGUCCAGUUUGAGUAUUUUCCAAUGAGCUACAAGGCCCCUGCAUACAAAGAUGGCUUCUGGACUCGGCCGACAUUUAAAUGUGAUGGUCGCGUUGACGAGUGGGUUCUCACCUACGUCGUUCCCUUCUUUGGUCUGGAUGGGCUGAGAAAGAAGAUCCAGUUUAAGGGUGUGGUAACGGUGGACGUCCCUCUGGACUUGUUGGAGAUCGACCAGUGUCCGAGUCCAUUCUACGUGGCAAACGCCUUCAAGAACACCGCAAGGUGCGACCAGAUUUCUACAUCGUGCAGGAAGCAGAAAGGAUUUCCGUUCCUGCGCGGUGCCUAUCGCUGCACGUGUCGUCAGGGCUUCGAGUUCCCACACAAAUACGGCAAGUUCCGGUUCGAUGGCUCGUUAAUGGAGUUGGAAUGGGAAAAGAAAGAAAAGGGUUUAUUCAGCAGAUUCGACCAGCUGAAAUGUCGCAUAGCUGGUUCUGAAACGGUUGUUAUUCAUCGGAUGCUCCUAAUACUGAGCACAGGAAUUUCCUUCGCGUUCAGAUACGUUCUGACACCAUAGAUGUCAUCUUUUAUAAUUCAGAAUUCAGAAUUCGAUUCUGAAUCGAGUACUAGCGAUUGUUUCACCUCCUGAACAUGCUAAAAUGUAAAUUCCAUUUGUUUUGUAUGUUUUGGGGGUUUUUCUUCUGAUCUUAUUUUAUGUUUUAUAUUUGUGAACAUCUGUAAAUAUGAUUUUUCAGUUAUACGGAAAUAUUUUAGGAAAAUUGUGAUUGUAGUGUAGC